GUCCCUUAGGUAGAACGUCUACAAUGUUCGCGUAAAACCCCCCUUUGUGCUCAUUUACGAAUGAAAUACGUCUAACUCCUACGGCAUUACGUAGUAAUUUUUCGAAAUGGAAUCAAACUUAGUGCUUCACUCUCGUCUAACUACAAAUGAUAUAUAGAUACAAUGUAACAUGUUAGUUUAUACUAAUGUUGUUAUGAUCCAGCUCCAACGAGGUUGUUAAUUAUUUGGCGUGAUAAUGAGGCAACAAACGCGAAUCUAUCACUUUAUGUAGUACAUUACGUAUAAUACAUCAUUGAUGUAACCGCGGGCAAUCAAGCCACAUUUGACCUUACAAGUUCAGCCACGUCUACUAAAUACAGCGAGGCUAAGUCUUAAUGAGCCUUGUCCUUCUUACAGAGAUAGCUUCAUUCUGGUCUUGUGAAACAAGCGACAACAAGAAGGAAAUAUUUUUAUUUAAUACAUCAAGAUUGUCUCGUGUUUCAACAAAUAGUCUUUAAAUCUUAUAUACCCAUUCACAGAAACAAAUGGCAAAUGAAACGACUGGCGAGCCAACACCACUCCUUCUAUCGGAUGACGAGAAACGCAUCUUAGGUUUACAUGACCGUCUUCAACAGCUGCAAUUAGAAAUUGCCUUACUCACCGCUCGGAAAAAUUACGACCCUCGUACAAAUCCACCGGUUGGAGAUGGCAGCAUAGAAGCAGCACAAAAAGCCCUUCUAGAUUCAAGGUCCAGAUAUGUCCUGCGGAAUCAAGUAGUCGACAGCGUCGUAGCUGCCAAUCCGAUAUUACAAGCUGUGCACAACGGCACGAAAGCGACUCCCAUAGAAAGGGACUUACUACCCAUGCUAGAAAAACGCGACCAGUCGUCUUCAGAACUAGCUCAGCAGUCGUCGGAGUUACGCACGCUACUGGACGAGAUCACAGAGGUGGAGAGUCAAAGCCUGCGCCUCGGUCGCGAAAACGUGGACCUGGCAUCCACGCUGCUCGAACUUGCCGAGCAGACGAACCGGAAAAAGGCAGAGGCGGUCAACAUGGACCCGGAGCGCGCAGCCGAGAUAUCCAGCCUCGAGGGCCAGGUCAAACUGAGCAGGCAGCGAUGGCGUGUCCUGAAGGGCACCGCGAGCGGAGUAGUUGCCGGCAGUGGAGUCGACUGGUCUAGAAAUGCCGAGCUGAGGGAUAUCGUGCUAGACCCUGAAAACGAGGACGACGUGUAGGUUCGAGAUUCCACUUAGGUUAAUUCUUUUUGUAAGGACGCGUUUCUAACGAUAACUCAUCUAAUCAUUUAAUUAAUCUCACGGUAACAGCUAACAACACACUCAUUCCCUGUGCUUUUACCUUCACCUUCACAUGAAAAGAAAAGUCUCAGACAGACGCGUCUGAGCCUAUGAGCCGACCAACAAUACCACCUCAAAAUACGGAUAACCCUAUCAUCGGUCCUUAUCUAGACCCAUGCCAGGCCAGCCCAUGGGUAGAUUUCCAUGCAUUUCGUUCCUGAAUAGAUAGGGCUUAGCGUAAUCAGGCUUGGCCGAAGCUGGCAUGAAUCACGUGGAAAUGAAUCUAUUUUAGGAUUCCGAUCUGAUGUGUCGAACGUUAGCCUGUGGAAGGACUUGGACCCCUUUCACGGCAUUGAUCGGUAAUGGCCAUUCCUUCAGCAGCUGGUCAUCUAUCAUUGCAUGAAGUUGGUCGUAGCUGUGCAAAUCUGUAUGUAAGCUUCCAAGGUUGUCUACGGAAAACUAGAAAAAAAAAUAUUGGUCAAUGAGACAAGCCGCGCGCUUUAACUUGGUAGGUAGAUGGAUCUACAUGAUGGGAAUAAAAUGGCGCGUAGCAUAGGUAGCCCUGGCUUUGCAUCGAAACUGCUUUAGAAACUAGUGUAGAAUAGAUUGCUGUAUUUUACCUCUUAGGAAAUCGACUUCUUUUCUUCCAUAGUAUCAUCAAUGGUGGGG